GGCGCGCCGGGGCGGGGCAGCGCCGGGCCGGAGGAGGGGAGCGGGCCGGGACGAAGCCCUGGGCCGGGAGGGCCGCGGCCACCGGAAGAGUCGCGGUCGCCAGUCCAGUCGGGAGAGUGGGGAGCGGAAGCGGCGGCCGCGGCGUUGGCGGGCGGCACUGGGACCCGGGAGCGGCCGGAGAACAAGGGAGCUGGCGCCGCCGGCAGCCGCCGAGCUGGGUUGAGCCGCUGGGCCGCGCCGCGCGCCGCCGCCGUCUGGGAGGCUCGGCCCGGCCGCCCGAGCAGGCCGCGCGCGGGCCGCCGGGCCCGAGGCCGGAGCCAUGGGCGAGACCAAGAUCAUCUACCACUUGGAUGGGCAGGAGACGCCGUACCUUGUGAAGCUGCCCCUGCCUGCCGAGCGCGUCACCUUGGCGGACUUUAAGGGCGUUUUGCAGCGACCCAGCUAUAAGUUCUUCUUCAAGUCUAUGGACGACGAUUUCGGAGUGGUGAAGGAGGAGAUCUCGGAUGACAAUGCCAAGCUACCGUGCUUCAAUGGCCGGGUGGUGUCCUGGCUGGUGUCAGCUGAGGGCUCACACCCAGACCCAGCCCCCUUCUGUGCUGACAACCCAUCGGAGCUGCCACCACCUAUGGAGCGCACGGGAGGCAUCGGGGACUCCCGACCCCCAUCCUUCCACCCUCAUGCUGGUGGGGGCAGCCAGGAGAACCUGGACAAUGACACAGAGACGGACUCUUUGGUGUCUGCCCAGCGAGAGCGGCCACGCCGGAGGGAUGGCCCAGAGCAUGCAACCCGGCUAAAUGGAACUGCGAAGGGGGAGCGGCGGCGAGAACCAGGGGGUUAUGAUAGCUCAUCCACCCUUAUGAGCAGCGAGCUGGAGACCACCAGCUUCUUUGACUCAGAUGAGGAUGACUCCACCAGCAGGUUCAGCAGCUCCACAGAACAGAGCAGCGCCUCACGCCUGAUGAGAAGACACAAGCGGCGGCGGCGGAAGCAGAAGGUUUCUCGGAUUGAGCGGUCCUCGUCCUUCAGCAGCAUCACGGACUCCACCAUGUCACUCAACAUCAUCACGGUCACUCUCAACAUGGAGAAAUAUAACUUCUUGGGCAUCUCCAUCGUGGGCCAAAGCAACGAGCGUGGUGACGGCGGCAUCUACAUUGGCUCUAUCAUGAAGGGUGGAGCCGUGGCUGCUGAUGGACGCAUCGAGCCAGGAGAUAUGCUGUUACAGGUAAACGAGAUCAACUUUGAGAACAUGAGUAAUGACGAUGCAGUCCGGGUACUGCGGGAGAUUGUGCACAAACCGGGGCCCAUCACCCUGACUGUAGCCAAGUGCUGGGACCCAAGUCCACGUGGUUGCUUCACAUUGCCCAGGAGCGAGCCCAUCCGGCCCAUUGACCCUGCGGCCUGGGUCUCCCACACUGCAGCCAUGACCGGCACCUUCCCUGCAUACGGCAUGAGCCCCUCCCUGAGCACCAUCACCUCCACCAGCUCCUCCAUCACCAGUUCCAUCCCUGACACAGAGCGCCUAGACGACUUCCACUUGUCCAUCCACAGUGACAUGGCUGCCAUCGUAAAAGCCAUGGCCUCCCCUGAAUCAGGGUUGGAGGUCCGUGACCGCAUGUGGCUCAAGAUUACCAUCCCUAAUGCUUUCAUCGGCUCAGAUGUGGUGGACUGGCUGUACCACAAUGUGGAAGGCUUCACGGACCGGAGGGAGGCCCGCAAGUAUGCCAGCAACCUGCUGAAAGCUGGCUUCAUCCGCCAUACCGUCAACAAGAUCACCUUCUCCGAGCAGUGCUACUACAUCUUCGGCGACCUCUGCGGCAACAUGGCCAACCUGUCUCUCCACGAUCACGAUGGCUCCAGUGGCGCUUCUGACCAGGACACACUGGCCCCUUUGCCGCACCCGGGGGCCGCCCCUUGGCCCAUGGCUUUCCCGUACCAGUACCCGCCACCCCCGCACCCCUACAACCCCCACCCGGGCUUCCCGGAGCUGGGCUACAGCUACGGCGGGGGCAGCGCCAGCAGUCAGCACAGCGAAGGCAGUCGGAGCAGUGGCUCCAACCGUAGCGGCAGCGAUCGGAGGAAGGAGAAGGACCCGAAGGCCGGGGACUCCAAGUCUGGGGGCAGCGGCAGCGAAUCGGACCACACCACACGCAGCAGCCUGCGGGGGCCGCGGGAGCGGGCGCCCAGCGAGCGCUCAGGGCCAGCGGCCAGCGAGCACAGCCACCGCAGCCACCAUUCCCUGGCCAGCAGCCUUCGCAGCCACCACACCCACCCAAGCUACGGCCCUCCCGGAGUGCCCCCUCUCUACGGCCCCCCCAUGCUGAUGAUGCCCCCGCCGCCCGCGGCCAUGGGGCCCCCAGGAGCCCCUCCGGGCCGCGACCUGGCCUCAGUGCCCCCGGAACUGACCGCCAGCAGACAAUCCUUCCGCAUGGCCAUGGGAAACCCCAGUGAGUUCUUUGUGGAUGUGAUGUGAGCAGGGCCCCUCCCCCACCUCCAUUCCGCUCCCACCCCAGCCGGCUGCGUUCCUCUCUCCGUCCGUCUUUUUUACUUUGUCUGGUACCUGAAAGGGAAAUAAACGGAACUAAAUCCAGGUGCGCUAACUGCUCGCAGGGUGCUGCGAGGGUGGGGUGCACCUACCGAUUGGCUCUGCAGCCCCCUAA